ACACAACUUAUGUCGUCAAAUCUGAUAUUUCGGCAGCUUUUUGAGUCUAUUUCUUGCACAUUUACGUAUAUAUUGGGUUGUAAUUCUACAAAGCAAGCAUUAAUAAUUGAUCCACUAAUUCGGGAACUUGGACUAAAUUUGGUUUAUGGAUUAAAUACUCACAUUCAUGCUGAUCAUGUUACUGCGACUGGACAAAUUAAACGUUCUGUAAAUGUUGAUGUUAUGGUCAAGCAAUAUGACUUGAUUAAAUGGGGUGAAAAUAACGAACUUGAAGUCAGAGAAACGCCUGGGCACACAAAUGGUUGUCUCACUUAUGUUUUUCACAAACACAGGUCAGACUUGUAA